GCACGCUCCCACCCACCAAGAAAAAGCUGCAAUUCCUUCCUCCUCCCCUCCCUCCACUGAAUCAUCUUCCUCUGCGUGCGUUUGAGUCUUUGAGAGCACAGAGCAGCCAGCGCGCGGGAGAUGGCGACCAUCGACGUCCCGACGCCCGUGCCGUCCCCGGCCGCCGACGCGGAUAGCCUCAGGAAUGCCGUGCAAGGCUGGGGCACGGACGAGAAGGCGCUGGUGGAGAUCCUCGGCCGGCGAACCGCCGCGCAGCGCGCCGAGAUCCGCCGGGCCUACGCGAGCCUCUACAAGGAGUCCCUCCUCACCCGCCUCCACGGCGAGCUCUCCGGCCACUUCCAGAAAGCGAUGGUGCUGCUGGCGACGGACCCGGCGGAGAGGGACGCCAAGCUGGCGAGGGAGGCCCUGGGCAGGCGGGGCGACGACAGGGACGCGUGGGUGCUCAUCGAGGCCGCCUGCGCCGCCGCGCCGGACCACCUCGUCGCCGUCCGCCGCGCGUACCGGUCCCUCCAUGGAUCCUCGCUGGAGGAGGACGUCGCCGCCUGCUCCGCGUUCCAAGAACCGCUCAGGAAGCUGCUGGUGAGCCUGGUGAGGUCGUACCGGUGCGCGGAGGAGAGCGUGGACAUGGACGUGGCGAAGCUGGAGGCCGCGCAGCUGGCGGAGGCCAUCCGGAGGAAGAAGCAGCCGCACGCCGGCGAGGUCGUCCGGAUCGUGAGCACAAGGAGCAAGCCGCAGCUCGCCGCCACGUUCCGGUGCUACAAGGAACAACAUGGCAGCGACAUCGAAGAGGACAUGAAGCAGUACAGCAGCAGCCAGUUUGCAAGGAUGCUCAAGAUUGCUGUCUGGUGCCUCACAUCUCCUGAAAAGCACUUCGCAGAGGUUAUCAGGUACUCCAUCUUAGGGCUUGGAACGGACGAGGACGCACUCACCAGGGCAAUCGUGUCCAGGGCCGACAUCGACAUGAAAAAGAUCAAGCAAGAGUACAGGGUCAGAUUCAAGACGACCGUAACAGACGAUGUCGUCGGCGAUACCUCGGGGUAUUACAUGGAUAUCUUGUUGGCCUUAGUAGGGAAGGAGUGAAGAUUGAAAGAUAUUGGUGUUUGCAUCAAAUAAAGGUCUAUUAGAUGAUCAUGUUGUUUGUUGGGAACAUUGUGCCAUCAUCAUAUUGUAGAAGCGCAAUUUUAUCAGAUGCGGAAAUACCAAAAUAUUCUACCA